UGCUCACCAUAUUUAAAUUCAAAAGCUUUGCAAAUUUCCAAAUAAUUCGCUCAGAUUCCAUUGACAGUUGUGUUGAUUAAGGAAAGGAAUCGAAUUGAAGAAGAAGAGCAGCAGAAGCACAAACGUACGGUUUGGUUUAUUCUUCUCUGUUCUUCAUUUCACGUUUCCUUGUUCUUUUUCCUGAUUAACAACCUUUUUUUCUGCAUGAUCAAUCGAUUAAUCGUUCGCGUUUAUUGCAGGUUGGUUUCGAUUCUUUGAAGACUUUGAUGGCAGACAAGCAAUUAAACUUUAAUCGGCCACUUCUUUCUGUUCGACGUUUCUCAUCACCAGUUGCAUCAGAGAAGGAUUCCAGAAGGAAAAACGAAAGUUCCCUCCCUGAAAAACCUCCAAUUCCAUCUUAUAAACCCGAAUCACAUUCAGGCUCACUGAGAAACCCCGGAAGUGUCCCUUUUGUAUGGGAACACAGUCCAGGAAGACCGAAAGAUGAAGCAAAAACACAAAAAAAUCCCAAGGAAAGGCCUCCUGUUGUUCCAAAGCUGCCUCCAGGUAGAAUUUUGAAACAUAAAAAACAAGAUUUAGAUAAAAAGACCGAAGAUUCCAAUGCGAAAAAGGGUCCCAGAAAGAACUCUUUAGGUUCACAGAGUGAAGAAAAGUUAACUAAAUUUGAGAGUCCAAAAGGGACAAAGAAAGUGAGGUCUGAUGCAAGGCCUGAUGAUGAGGAUGGUAACAGUGAAAUAUAUAUGGAAUCAGAUGUUAAACAAUCUGGGAUUCAUUUUUUGCCAUCUGCAAAGGCAAUGAGUUCAGAAAUGACUACAGAGAAGCCAUUAGAAGUGAAGAAGGUAGUAAAUAGGGAGAAUGAGAAACCACAACUUAGCUAUGGUCCUAAUUUUUUACAGUUCACUGCUGAUGAUAGUGAAGAAGAUAGCGAUUUUGAUUAUGAUGAUCACGAAAAUAUGUCAUAUAAGGUUUGUGGAUUGCUUCCACAUUUUUGCUUAAAGGGUUCUAUAGGUCUUCUAAAUCCAGUUCCAGGAUUGAGUGUGAGGACCAGAUUGCCAAUAUCUUCUGCUAAUAAAAAUCGUGAUCGCUCCUCUUCUGUUAGCUCUCAGCCUGCUAGAGUGGCUGUAUAUGAGCACAAAUCAUCAGUCAAUCACCAAGAAGAUCAGAUGGUUUUGAAGAAUGAGUCCGCUGAAGCUACCAACCAGAAAAAGUUCCAAAAGCUAGAAGGAUCAGGAUUAUAUGAUCGCUUACAGGAUCGUGGGGUUUCAUAUAAUCUCACCGCAUCAUCCCCACUUCCCGUUUCUGAAAGAGAGGACGGAAACUUCCAGAAGAAAGGGCUAGUUAGCUUCAAGGAAUUACUACUAGCUGAAAAGAAUGAAAAGGAAUCAGACUGUCAACAACCUGCAAUGGAGAAGACUCUUUACGUUGAUACCAUACAUAAGGUGGAAACUGCCAAAUCCAGUUCACAUUCAUCAAGUCCAAAGGGGAAAUCCAACUUCGAUGAAACUGAUGUGGGUACUUUUGAAAUUUCUGAUAUUCCCACCAAGUCAUUGCAGUUAGAUUUGGUUGCUGAUAAACCGAAACAGGAUAAAGAAAUGAAAACACAAAUGGGCUUCUGCAAAGAUCUGAAAGUUUCUAGACAAAGCGGAUUGGAGUUGCCUGCUACUCCACCUUUACCAAAAUCUCCAUCAGAUUCUUGGCUUUGGCGUACGUUGCCUUCUGUGUCAUCAAAAACUGCAUCUUUACGGUCAAAUCCUAAAUACUCAUCUCCCAAAAUAGCAGCAAGAUUGGAUAAAAACGUUCAAUUGCGACAUCCUCAGGGACUAUUGCUUCCUAUACCAGAAACUUUGUAAGUUUCUCGGUUUUGCAUAUUCAGAAAACCACUUGGGUGAUGAGCAUUGCAACUAUUACUAAGAUUAUACCUUUGUGAUUAAAGGUUAUUGGUCAUGUUCCAAAACACAUGAAGCCAAGAAGCAUUGGUGCACUUGCCCAACUGGUUUAGAGGGGUUAUGAAUGCAUGCUCUUCUUAUUGGUUAUGAUUCUUUUUGGUGCCCAUACCACACUUUAGCCUUGUAAUUAAAAGUGAAUAAUAAAGAAAAGUUCAUUGUAGGUUUAUAUGAAAUAAAAAAGAAAAAGUUCUCUUUUUAUAUGGUGCAUUAACUGGUUACUUGGGGGUAGAGGUCAAAUCUAUGUACAUACCAUCUCCCUAGACCUAUCUCCGGGUGAGACAUAAUGGGUUCGUUUGGUUUGUUUUCUGCUCACAAUUUUGCACAAAUUGAGGGUUUUUAUGGAAACAACCACUCUAUCCUUUAGAACAAUUACAUGUAUGUGUACAUCUCACUUCUCCGACCCUACUUUCACAUAAGAUAUAUUGAGAUA